GUAUUUUCAGAUAGAUCUGAGUGGCUGCCCUUUCUCCAGCAAUUAAAUAUGCUAGCCGCGCCCAAAAGAAAAAAGAAAGUUUGUUCGAUCAACGCUCAGAAUAAAAACUGGUACAAGGAGCCGGAUCACUUUGGGGCCAAAAUGUUGACUAAAAUGGGAUGGACCGAGGGGAAAGGACUGGGUGCAAAAGAGCAAGGUAUCCGCGACUAUAUUCGAGUGAACCAGAGGACGAAUAAUACUGGUGUAGGAUUUGAUCCCUCCUCGCUGAACAAAGUAGCUUUUCAUAUGGACAACUUCAACUCUAUUUUAUCGAAUUUAACUGUUGUCAAAGUGACAACAGCGCCAGAAAUUGGCGAGUGUGGCGCAGAAAAAGUCAGCUCAAAGUCAUCUGGAUCCUCUCUUGAAAGUAGGCGGCUGCAUACAUUUGAUCGAGUAAGAGUCAAGACGUGCAAGCGCAGGAUGGAAAAUAAAGUGUUAGCCAAUAAAAAGCAGAAAGAUUUGGAUGUCAUUUUAGGAAGAGCUAAUCAGUUAAUAACUAGUUUGAAGCAAGGUGUUGACGAUGGGGAAACAAAUAACAUUUCCUCAAUUAGCGAAAAACGAAUCACUUCAUUGGAAAAAGAGAGCUUAGACGUCUCAGAUGACGACUUUGAAUCAGCUGCUAAAAGACCAAUGUUCAAACAAACUUCCGCACCUGUUUCGAACAAGCAGGACGCAGAAAAUACGGACCAGAAAAAUCAGACGCCCGUAGCUGAAGGAUACAUUCGCAGUUCACUCUCAAUAGACGAUUAUUUCAAGGCGAAAAUGAAAGAAAGGAAGCGAAAAUUAGGAAAAUGAUCUUUAGCUGCCACAGGAUAUCGCGAGGAAAGAAUUUAAGGUUUAAUUUUUAUUUAAUCAAAGCCAUGGUGCUAGUGGUAGCUGUGCCUAUUUGAAUUAAUUCAACUCUCCCCGAUGAA